GUCGCCCCGCCCACUUUCUCGCAUGCUAUGACAUCCGAGGUUGAAUUUCAUCAUACGCGGUUUGGGCUCGAGAGUGUCUGCUCCAGGCCACCGUAGCACAGACUCAUCUCUUUCAUACAAGAAACACAAUGUGCGGUAUAUGGGCCUUGUUUGGCAGUGAUGAGUGCCUGUCAGUUCAGUGCACCUGUGCCAUGAAGAUCGCACAUAGAGGUCCGGAUGCUUUCCGCUUCGAAAAUGUCAACGGCUUCACCAACUGCUGCUUCGGCUUCCACCGCCUGGCCAUCGUGGACCAGCUGUACGGGAUGCAGCCGCUACGCAUUAAGCGUUUCCCUUACCUCUGGCUCUGUUACAACGGUGAAAUCUACAACCACCAUCGGCUGAAAAAGCACUUUGAGUUUGACUACCAGACCAAAGUGGACGGAGAGAUCAUCCUCCACCUGUACGACCGCUUCGGCAGUAAGAAGAUGGCGUCGCUGCUGGACGGAGUGUUCGCCUUCGUGCUGUUGGACACAGCCAAUAGGAAGGUCGUCCUGGGGAGAGACACGUACGGCGUCAGGCCUUUAUUCAGAAUGCUGACUGAAGAUGGCUUCCUCGCCGUGUGUUCCGAAGCCAAAGGCCUGACCCAAAUCACUCACUCCAUGUCGAACCCUGUGAAGAUCACCCCGUUCCUACCGGGCCACUUCGAGGUGUUCGACCUGAAGCUGAAUGGAAAGGUGGAGUCCGUUCAGCUGGAGCGGUUCCACUGCUGCACCGAAGAGCCCAAACACGCCGCCUACGACAACGUCGAGAACCUCGGCACGGGUUUCGCUCUGGAGACGGUGAAGAGCAACAUCAGGAUCCUGUUUGAAAACGCCGUGAGGAAGCGCCUCAUGGCCCACAGGAGGAUCGGCUGCCUCCUCUCGGGUGGUCUUGACUCCAGCCUCGUCGCUGCCACGCUUGUUAAGCUAGCCAAGGAGGAGCAGCUGCAGUAUCCCAUUCAGACGUUUGCUAUCGGGGCCGAAGACAGUCCGGACAUCAUAGCUGCACGCAAGGUUGCAGCCCACAUAGGCAGCGAACACCACGAGGUGAGUUUCACCCCAGAGGAGGGCAUCCGUGCUCUGGAGGAAGUUAUUUUCCACCUGGAGUGUUACGACAUCACCACAGUGCGCGCGUCAGUUGGCAUGUAUCUGAUCUCUAAAUACGUCCGAGAGAAGACGGACAGCGUGGUGAUCUUCUCUGGUGAGGGAUCUGAUGAACUGACGCAGGGCUACAUCUACUUCCAUAAGGCUCCGUCAGACAAGGCUGGAGCGGAGGAGAGCGUGCGUCUGCUGAAGGAGCUUUAUCUGUUCGACGGGCUGAGGGCAGACCGGACCACAGCCGCACACGGGCUGGAGCUGAGAGUGCCUUUCCUGGACCACAGGUUCACUGCCUACUACCUCUCUCUGCCUGAGGAUCUGAGGACGCCCAAGGAUGGCGUGGAGAAGCAUCUACUGAGGGAAGCGUUCAAUGGACUGGAUCUGAUUCCCGACGAGAUUCUGUGGAGACGCAAAGAGGCUUUCAGUGACGGAAUGACGUCCAUGAAGAAGUCCUGGUACACCAGCUUGCAGGAGCACAUCGAGUCUGAGGUGAACGACGCCAAGUUAGAGAAAGCGGCCGCGUUGUUCCCCUACAACCCUCCCGCCACCAAAGAAGCCUUCUAUUUCCGGCAGAUCUUCGAGAAGCUUUACCCGGGACGCUCCGAAUGGACGCCGCAUUACUGGAUGCCUCGGUGGAUCAAAGCUACCGAUCCCUCGGCCAGAACCCUGUCCAUUUACAAACCGGACAAAGAUCAGUGACGACUCGUAAUUCUGUUGCAAAUACUGUAUCGCAUCCUUACUUCAAGCCUCUCUCUGAUUUUCUGUUCCGUGAUCAACGCAGCGUGCAAUGCAGUGGCUCAUCAUUUCAGAUAAAUGCUUCAUCCAGCGUGCCUUUUAUAGCAAAGCCUAGCAUUUAAAACAGCUUAAAAAAAUGUUCAUUCUGUACGGAAUAAUACCCUCAGGGACAUGUUGUUAUAGGAAAAUAAUCCCGCCGUGAUACGGCCCAGUGUGAUACGGCAUUACUGAUUAUUUUCCAAUAACUGCACACCCCCAAGUGUGUUACUCCUCUUACAGCGCAGAACAAAACCUUAUACUUUUAUUUUCAGCCAGAUCCUGUUAGCACUCUUAAACAUACCAUCCGGAGCAGCACGUAUACACUGUAACCAGCUGUUCUAACGUCCGAAUGUUACGACACGCCGACACUGGAGACUCCUUUCAGUAAUGUUAAAUCUCCUAACCGAAACCUUCACCAGGUCAUCAACUAUACAUGUUUCUUUGUUACGUAACGACAAUCCGGUGUCAAUUAUUAAACUCGGAUUAUGUCAUACGAGUCCCUAUGAAUUCGCCGUCACUAUAGGAACAAUAACGCGCACGUUGCAGCGUCUGAUCAAAUGCAAGAGAUAAAAAAUACACGACGUACAGUAUACGCAACAAGGAUUAGGUGAACGGAGUGUUUCAGGGAACAAAGGCAUGAGUGAUCAUUUGUUUUUGUUCGUUUUUUUUUUUCACUUUUCGAGCAAAAUAAAAUAUUAGUCUGUGUUGUAAA